UGUUUCACUGGGACAGGGGAGGGAGGCGCGGCCGGCGGCACUGGAGCUCCGCCGUUACCCACCGCCCACCCCAGUGCUGAGGGUCAGGCCUCGGGCGGCCGCAGAUGGUGCAGACCAUGAUUCCAAAGUCAUGGAGAGCCAUGAAAUUCUACUUCACUACUGUAUAUCAAGAAAUAUGGGUUGGUGUGGCGUUAACAGCUUAUGCCUAUUACAAAAUUUCAUAUGGGGGCAAAAAAGCAGUGGCAAAUAAGUCCUCUGGCCAUCAUUAAAGACCCCUUCUCUUCUUGGAAUAUGAAUUUGGUUGUUCGUCAUCUUUACUGUAAAUGAAGCAAGUCACAACCCUAGGGAAGUUACUCUAAAACUGUACCUGAUCCAUCUGCUGUAAUGGGAGAAAGAAUAAAUCCAUUGAGUCACAACUAAUUAAAGGUGUUGGACAAAGUA